UAAUGCUUUAUUUUCUCUGCAGAAUGGAUCUGGUGAAACAUACAGGCGGCUGCCACUGUGGCGCCGUCCGCUUUGAAGUCUUGAGUUCCCCGGACCUCCACGUUUUCCACUGCAACUGCAGCAUCUGCACGAAGAAACAAAACCAUCAUUUCAUUGUUCCGAAGAGCCACUUCACGCUCUUACAGGGUUCGGAUAAUCUGACCACGUACACGUUCAACACUCACGCUGCCGAACACACCUUCUGUAAAACCUGCGGAGUUCAAAGUUUCUACACGCCGCGCUCCAACCCCGACGGAUACGGCGUCGCUCCGCACUGUCUGGAUCCGGGUUCGGUCCGCAGCGUCACAGUGGAGAAGUUUUGUGGGGAAAAGUGGGAGGAAAGCGUGCAGGCUCACAGGAGCAUCAGAAACAUGUCUAAAGCUGCAGAGUAACACACCCACAUACGGGGACGCGUCUUGCCAACAAAGCGUCCGUUUGGAGGCUUACUUUGGCUCGCCGGUAGCCGUGUGAGCCGCUGACGCAGCGGAGGCCCGAGGGCAGCAGCCAGCUGACGGGGAGCUCCAGGAGGGAGGCGUACUUCCUGAGGAGGCCGACCGUCACCAGGGACAACAAACAGCAGUCUGCGAGGACACGGAGACACGGUCAGCUGUCCAUAUGUCAAACCUUCACUACAGCAGCAGACACUUACAGGAACUGGGUCAAUCUGUCAGACUGUUUCACAUGUUUUAGUGU